AUGAAUAGAAAACCAUCUAAAAUUUCCAAGCCUUCAACUAAACUAAACUCCAACAAACUUUCGAAUAGAAGCUCUAGCUCGCUAUCUUCAAUAACUUUGAUAUCUUUUGCCAAAUCUUCCACCACCACAUCCAUUCCCAAUAAUACCCAUAAAAAUAAUAACAAUACGAAUAUUGAAAAUUAUAAUAAUAGCCCAUUAGCUGUUUCUCUAUUUAAUUGGAAGAAACGUGAAACUAAAUAUGGAACUUUUUUCAGUGCAGCUCCUGUUAAUUCAUACAAGAGAGCAAUCUCCAAUGAAGAAAUGAUUCGAGUUUUACACCUCUCUCAAAUACAAGCUGCCAAAAUAUUGGACUGUCACUUGUCAACAUUAAAGAGAAGAUUUAACAAGACGAAACAUUCAUUAGGCUUGGACGCAUGGCCUCAAAAUUAUCAAAGUAUUAGACAUUUACCAAUAUUUAAAGAAAUAUAUCCAAUGAAUUUAUCAUUUAUUUUAAAUAAAGAUUCCAAAUAG